CCCUGAAUACAUUUGAAGGAGUAGGGAACCAACCAUCUGUUACUUGGAGAAGAAGGAGGAUCUGCCGGCAAUUCAGCCAUGGAGGAAACAUACCUGCUUAAUGUGGAAGGAGUCAAGAAAAAGAUUUUACAUGGAGGCUACGGGGAGCUGCCGGAUUUCAAAGAGGGGAGCAAGAUCACUUUCCACUUCCAAACACUGAAGGACGACUUUGAGCGAACAGUCAUAGACGACAGCCGCGAGUCUGGCCUGCCCAUGGAGAUCAUUGUAGGAAAGAUGUUCAAAAUCGAGGUGUGGGAGAUCCUGUUGACGUCCAUGAGGAUCGGCGAGGUGGCGGAGUUCUGGUGCGACCCAAUUCACACCGGCAUGUACGCCUUGAUUUCCAAAAGCAUGAGGAAAAUUGUUGAAGGCAAGGACCCUCUGGAGGGGCAGAAGCAUCGCUGUGGGAUGGGCAACAUGUUUGAUUAUCACAGCACAGGCUACACAGAUCUGGAUGAGUUGCAGAGGACGCCCCAGCCCCUCAUCUUCAUCAUGGAGCUUUUCAAAGUAGAAGACCCUUCUGCUUACAAACGGGACACGUGGGCCAUGAACACAGAAGAGAAGCUGGUGGCUGUACCGAAGUUACACACCGAGGGAAACCGGUUGGUCCUGUCCCGGAAGUUCAAGGAGGCAGCAGAGAAGUACCAGGAAGCUGUCAUCUGCUUGCGCAACAUUCAGGCUAAGGAGAAGCCAUGGGAAGAAGAAUGGCUACACCUGGAGGAACUCAUCACCCCUCUUGUGCUGAACUAUUGCCAAUGCCAACUGGAGCUGGGAGAAUAUUAUGAGGUUUUGGAGCACACUACUGAUCUUCUCCAGAAGGACAACGAAAACGUCAAGGCGUAUUUCAAACGGGCAAAGGCCCAUGCUGCUGUCUGGAAUGAAAAGGAGGCACGAACUGACUUCAUGAGGGUGACCCAGCUUGACCCCUCAUUGGCUGCCGCCGUGAGGAAAGAGAUGAAGCUCUUGGGGGAGAGGAUGAGGAAGAAAUAUGUGGAAGAGCGCAAGAAAUACCAGGGCAUCUUCGACCACCAUCUAGCAAAAGAUGGGACUGAAGAGCGAGCUGGGGAGGGGACAAAAGGGCUUGCUAAGGGACAAGAGGAGGUGCAGCACAAUAGGCUCAAGGCACAGAUGGAAGAAAAUGGGCCAGAAGCCCUGGAAGAAAGUAGAGCAGAAGCCCUGUGGUCUGAGAGAGAGGCAAAAUGGCCAGGAGUGGGUGAGAAGGAUGGAGAAAUAGAGCAAGGAAAUUGGGACAAGGAAGACCAAGGAGGACUCCUAAGAAAGGAGAGGGCAAUGGACAAGAAGCAGGAAGAGAUGAUGGUGGCUGAAACUGGAGAUGAAAUG